AGGAUCUUAAGAAUGACAAACGAGUGAAGGAAAGUUUCAGCCAUAAAAACAACCAGAAAAUUGUCAGUCAAUUAAAAAAUAAAGAAGAAAAUCAAACAGAAAAGUAAUGAACUGUACUGUUUGAAAGGUCUGUAACUGCAGUUGGACACAACGCAGAGUCUUCAGGAUCUCUUGGACCUCAGCAAGUUUAUUUAUGAAAGACAACAUGUGAAACUCUAACAGUAACUGUUACAACUUCAGUCAAUGUCUGCAACCCAGCAGAAAACACACAGAGAGGAAAAGAAAUGUAGAAAAUGACAAAUCAUAAAAGGUGACUGACUGUCUGUCCCCACUGCUGCAUGAAAGACAUGGAGGACCUUGGACAGCUCCAGGAUCAAAGUCCUGAUUCAGUAUCUGUGAUGUUACACUGUCCUCUAGUGGUGAAGUUUGUGUGUCACAGUCAGGCUUCAUCACUCUGAGUGCUCCCUCCACUGUCUGCUUUAAAGGCUCAGUCCACCCAAAUGACAAAGUUUAUAUGUUGGACAUCUCUGCACUCAGUUUGUCCAACUGAAGCACCUAAACAGCCCAAAGUCAUUAAAACGUCUUCUGAUUAACAUCAUUAUAUCAGCAUUGUGUGUCCAUGCCGGAUCCUCCCAGUCCUCUUGCUGAUGUGUGUCACAUGUUCAUGUUUUGUUAACAGAAACUAACACCUUUAGAGUUUGUAACACAGCGCAGCUUUGUUGUGAAGUGGGCGUUUACUGGCACUUGGCUCGUCAUGUAUGUUAAUAAUCUAAAGAGGAAGGAAACGAAGCCGCUCAACAGCCUCACAUCUGCCUUCUGCUUACUGACCGUAGAGGAAAGACGUCUUUAAGGACGACGACCUUCUUCAGACCUCACAGAGAGAUGAGAGGAGCAGCUAUGAGUUUAAGUGCAGCAGCCAGUGGAUUUGUUGUCUUCCUCCUCUCUGUGUCAGUGGUACAGGGUCAGGAUGGCUGGGCAGUGACUUACACUCCUACUGAGAUCUGUGCCUUAAGAGGAUCAACAGUGGACAUGAGAUGCACCUACACAUACCCAUCCAGUAUGAAUGGCCUGAACACCACCGUUGAGAGAACAUUCUGGUUUGUUAAAGUGAGCGGAAAUGAACAUGUGGAUCUGACAACAGACCCACAGUAUUCAGGUCGUGUACAGUACUGGUGUUAUGAGAAGAGCUGCACUCUGAGAAUCACAGACCUGAGAGAGAGCGACUCAGCUGAGUACAAGUUCAGGUUCAUAACAAACCAACCUGGUGGCAGAUAUUCUGGUUCACCUGGAGUCACUUUGUCUGUCACAGCACAUUUAGAUGUCCAGGUGAAGGUGAGCAGAUCAGGGGUCUCCCAGUCUUCUAACUGGGCAGAGCUGAAGUGUCACAGCAGAUGUCCUCGACCUGAACGUCUUCACUACAUCUGGUACAAGAAUGGACAGAAGAUUGAGGGACAAACAUCUCGUCUUUAUUCAGUGUCCUCUGGUCCUGCAGACAGCUUUUCCUGUGCUGUAGAAGGAUAUGAGGCCUUCCGCUCUCCUCCAGUGUUGGUACAGGGUCAGGAUGGCUGGGCAGUGACUUACACUCCUACUGAGAUCUGUGCCUUAAGAGGAUCAACAGUGGACAUGAGAUGCACCUACACAUACCCAUCCAGGAUGAAUGGCCUGAACACCACCGUUGAGAGAACAUUCUGGUUUGUUAAAGUGAGCGGAAAUGAACAUGUGGAUCUGACAACAGACCCACAGUAUUCAGGUCGUGUGGAUGUUCAGUGUGGUGACAGCGACUGCACUCUGAGAAUCACAGACCUGAGAGAGAGCGACUCAGCUGAGUACAAGUUCAUGUUCAUAACAAACCAACCUGGUGGCAGAUUUUCUGCUUCACCUGGAGUCACUUUGUCUGUCACAGAUCCAGAUCUGCAGGUGCAGAUGACAACAUAUUGGUUUUCUUCCUGGGCUGAGCUGACGUGUCACAGCAGUUGUCGUCUACCUGCUCAUCCUUCCUACGUCUGGUAUAAAAAUGGAGAGAAAAUUGAGACACAAACAUCUUCUUCUUAUUCAGGAUACUUUGAUGAUGUAAACAGUUAUUCCUGUGCUGUAGCAGGACAUGAGGAUUCCCCCUCUCCUCCAGUGUGUGUUCGUGGUCAAUCCUGCAACAAAGUGACGUACGCUGACAGACGCAUCUGUGCUGUCAAAGGCUCAUCAGUGGACAUUUCUUGCACUUACAACAGUUAUGAAGCUAUCAGGUCUAAAUUGUGGUUCAGUCCUGGACGUAGUCUCCAGUGGCAGAGUCCCUCACAGCUGGACUCUCAGCAUCGUGUUCAGGUCCUUGAUGAAGGUGGAGGACGCUCCACUCUGAGAAUCAGUGACCUGAGAGAGAGCGACUCAGCUGAGUAUCGCUUCACAUUCACAGCAGGAAGCUUUGAAUGGGGGAGGAGUUUACCUGCUACAACUCUGACUGUCACAGAUGUGCAGGUUCAGGUGAGCAGAAUAUCAGUCAGUCAGUCUUAUACUGAGGCAGAGCUGAAGUGUCACAGCAGCUGCAGUCCAGCAGCUCGUCUUUCCUACGUCUGGUUCAGGAAUGGAACGAAAAUCUCAGGGGUGGAAACGUCUUCUUAUAAAGAUGGCUUUUAUGUGGGAGACGUCGUCUCUUGUGCUCUGAAAGGACAUGAGGAUUACGUCUCUGCCUCAGUGUAUGGUCCAAAGCUUCCCUCUGUGUCAGUGAGUCCCUCUGCUGAGAUAGUGGAGGGCAGUUCAGUGACUCUGAGCUGCAGCAGUGAUGCUAACCCAGCAGCUAAUUACACCUGGUACAAAACUAAUGGAAAUGGAGUCAGUUUUAAAUCCCAGCUUGUCUUCAGCUCCAUCCAGUCCUCUGACUCUGGACAGUAUUACUGUACAGCUGAGAACGAGCUGGGGAGGACGACGUCUGAGUCCAUCUCUGUGGAUGUGAAAUAUGGUCCAAAGCUUCCCUCUGUGUCAGUGAGUCCCUCUGCUGAGAUAGUGGAGGGCAGUUCAGUGACUCUGAGCUGCAGCAGUGAUGCUAACCCAGCAGCUAAUUACACCUGGUACAAGGAGAAUGAAGACUCACCAAAAGCAUCAGGACAGAACUUCACCAUCACUGAUGUCAGAGCUGAACACAGUGGGAAUUAUUCCUGUGAAGCCCAGAACAUAAGAGGACAUCGUAACUCCACUUUGCAUCUGACUGUUACAGGAAUUCGUUCAGGAGUGUGGAAAUCAGCCAUCAGUGGAGCAGCGCCGGCUGUUUUCCUGGCUGUCUUGUGGCUUUCUGUCUUCUUACUGAUAAGAAGAAGGAGGACCUUGAAGCAAUGCUCCCAGCCUGGAGAAAGACUGGACAACAGAGAGCAGCAUCAGUCAGAAGAGGAGAAUCACCUUCACUAUGCCAGCAUCCACUUCACCAAGAACCAGACUGAGCCUUUGUACUCCAACAUCAGGCCAGCUGGAGCUCGCAGACACGAGGAGGGCGAGCGUGUUGAGUACGCUGCUGUCAGAUUUAACAGUGCCAGUGCUGCCCCGAGACCCGCUGAACCUGGAUCUGGAGAGGAUCCGUCUGCACUGUACAUGGUACAGGGUCAGGAUGGCUGGGCAGUGACUUACACUCCUACUGAGAUCUGUGCCUUAAGGGGAUCAACAGUGGACAUGAGAUGCACCUACACAUACCCAUCCAGGAUGAAUGGCCUGAAAACCACUGUUGAGGAAGCAACCUGGUUUGUUAAAAUGAGCAGAAAUGAACCUGUGGAUCUGACAACAGACCCACAGUAUUCAGGUCGUGUGGAUGUUCAGUGUGGUGACAACGACUGCACUCUGAGAAUCACAGACCUGAGAGAGAGCGACUCAGCUGAGUACAAGUUCAGGUUCAUAACAAACCAACCUCGUGGCAGAUAUUCUGGCAGAACUGGAGUCACUUUGUCUGUCACAGACCUGCAGGUGAAGAAGGUCAGUUUGACAGACAGCUAUGGGUUUCCCAGUGAAGCGCUGAAGUGUCACAGCAGCUGCCGCCUACCUGAUAAUUCUGUCUACAUCUGGUACAAGAAUGGACACAAAAUUCAGGAAGAAACACUUAUUUACUCAGGCGACUUUGAUCCUGCAGACAGCUACUCCUGCGCCAUUAAAGGAAAUGAGGAUUUUCCUUCUCCUUCAAUGUGUGUUCGUGGUCAAUCCUGCAACAAAGUGACGUACACUGACAGACGCAUCUGUGCCUUCAAAGGCUCAUCAGUGGACAUUUCUUGCAUAUACAACAGUUACAACAGUUAUGAAAGUAUCAGGUCUAAAUUCUGGUUCAGUCCUGGACGUAGUCUCCAGUGGCAGAGUCCCUCACAGCCUGAGGACCUCAGUAAUGACUCACAGUAUUCAGGUCGAGUUCAGAUCCUAACGUGGAAACAAUAUUCUACUCUGAGAAUCAGUGACCUGAGAGAGAGCGACUCAGCUGAGUAUCGCUUCACAUUCACAGCAGGAAGCUUUGAAUGGGGGAGGAGUUUACCUGCUACAACUCUGACUGUCACAGAUCCAGAUCUGCAGGUGCAGGUGACAACAUCUUCAUCUUCUUCCUGGGCUAAGCUGACGUGUCACAGCAGUUGUCGUCUACCUGCUCAUCUUUCCUUCGUCUGGUACAGAAAUGGAGAGAAAAUUCAGAAACAAACAUCUUCUUCUUAUUCAAGAAACUUUGGUUAUGCAGACAGUUAUUCCUGUGCUGUAGCAGGACAUGAGGAUUCCCCCUCUCCUCCAGUGUGUGUUCGUGGUCAAUACUGCAACAAAGUGACGUACGCUGACAGACGCAUCUGUGCUGUCAAAGGCUCAUCAGUGGACAUUUCUUGCACUUACAACAGUUACUACAGUUACAACAGAUACAUCAGGUCUAAAUUGUGGUUCAGUCCUGGACGUAAUCUCCAGUGGCAGAGUCCCUCACAGCUGGACUCUCAGCGUCGUGUUCAGGUCCUUGAUGAAGGUGGAGGACGCUCCACUCUGAGAAUCAGUGACCUGAGAGAGAGCGACUCAGCUGAGUAUCGCUUCACAUUCACAGCAGGAAGCUUUGAAUGGGGGAGGAGUUUACCUGCUACAACUCUGACUGUCACAGCUCUCCAGGUGCAGGUGACCAGUAAAAGAGUCCACCAGCAUUACACCGAGGCAGAGCUGAAGUGUCAGAGCAGCUGUGGUCCGACUGGUCGUCUUUCCUACGUCUGGUUCAAGAACAGAGUUGAAAUCAAGAAGGAGGAAAGUUCUUCUUAUAAAAGCCGAUUUUAUCCCAGAGACUUUGUCUUUUGUGCGUUGAAAGGUCAUGAGGCUUACAGCUUGCCCUCAGUGUAUGGUCCAAAGCUUCCCUAUGUGUCAGUGAGUCCCUCUGCUGAGAUAGUGGAGGGCAGUUCAGUGACUCUGAGCUGCAGCAGUGAUGCUAACCCAGCAGCUAAUUAUGCCUGGUACAAAACUAAUGGAAAUGGAGUCAGUUUUAAAUCCCAGCUUGUCUUCAGGUCCAUCCAGUCCUCUGACUCUGGACAGUAUUACUGUACAGCUGAGAACGAGCUGGGGAGGACAACGUCUGAGUCCAUCUCUGUGGAUGUGAAAUAUGGUCCAAAGCUUCCCUCUGUGUCAGUGAGUCCCUCUGCUGAGAUAGUGGAGGGCAGUUCAGUGACUCUGAGCUGCAGCAGUGAUGCUAACCCAGCAGCUAAUUACAUCUGGUACAAGGAGAAUGAAGACUCACCAAAAGCAUCAGGACAGAAGUUCACCAUCACUGAUGUCAGAGCUGAACACAGUGGGAAUUAUUCCUGUGAAGCCCAGAACAUAAGAGGAAGUCAUAGGAACACCUUACAUCUGACUGUUGUGGCAGGAGCAUGGAGAUCAAUAUCUGCUGGGAUAACCACUGCUGUCAUCUUGGCUGUCGUACUCUUCUUUCUUUUUAAAUUAACCAGAAAAAAGAGGGUCCCCAAUCAAUCAUCUGAUCCCACAGAGAAACCACACAACCGGGAACGGUACGUACCCACACGGGGGCAGCCAGAUGACCAGCAGGAUGACCUUCACUAUGCAAGCGUCCACUUCUCCACGAACCACACAGAUUGUCUGUACUCCAACAUCAGACCAGCUGGACUCCACAGAGACGAACAAGAGCGAGAGGACGAAAGCAUAGAUUACGCUGUCGUCAAAUUUAAUAGAGGCAGUAAAGGCCCGAGAACUCAGAAGACACCCAAGAAGGAUUCAGCUGAAUUGUACAGCACAAUCAACAAAAGCUGCUGAACACAAAGGAAAUCUCCAGCCUGGGGUUUAUAGUUAGUAGUUUGUAUUUUUAGUACUUUGAACUUUGAAGAGACCAACACUGAGACAACCGUACAUUUCUGACACAAAUUUAAAUUUACACAGUUUUAACAGACCACUUUGUAAAGGUUAGCUGGUUAUUAUUUUGCCAGUACAGCUUGGCAUAUACAUAUAUAUUUCAGCCUAUUUCAAUUAAAAGUACAAGGGAGACAAAAUAUUUUUGCUAUUUUCGUGUUGUUGCCCUUGGAUGGAUGAAUUAUUGUUCUAACACUCAGCAGAGUGUUGACUCUUAUUUGAAAGAAACUGGCUCAUUUCAAGUAUGUUCUGUUUUUUUUUUUUUAGUUCAACAAAACUGUAAUAUUAUGUAGAUAUUUAUUUUAGUGUAAAAACUGUAAGUUAAAUUACAUGUUGUACAACUUGUAAAACAUUUGUCAAACUUCAAGUUUGAAAUACUGGAUUACUGAUUGACAAUUUUGUUUUUUAUUGUUAACCAUUCUAUAAAGGCUACAAUACCUUUGCA